GCUCCCCGUGACGUCACGCUCGGCUAUAAAACUCUCGGCGCGCGCCUCUCGCGGCGCUGGAGGAGCUCGAGGCUGAGGGCUGGUGGGGAGAGGAGAGCGACGCGGACGCCGGGCCGCGGGCGCCUCAGCGAUGUUUUACUCAGGGCUCCUCAGCGAGGGCGGCCGCAAGGAAACGGACAUGCGGGAGGCCGCGUCGCUGCGGCAGCAGCGCCGGAUGAAGCAAGCCGUGCAGUUCAUUCAUAAGGACUCCGCCGACCUGCUGCCCUUGGACGGCCUCAAGAAGCUGGGCUCGUCCAAGGACACGCAACCUCAUAACAUUCUGCAGAGGCGCCUCAUGGAAACCAACCUGUCUAAACUUCGAAGCAGCCGUGUUCCUUGGGCCUCCAAGACCAACAAACUGAAUCAGGCUAAGUCUGAGGGACUAAAGAAGUCUGAUGAUGAUGACAUGAUUUUGGUUUCUUGCCAGUGUGCUGGAAAGGAUGUGAAAGCCUUGGUUGACACAGGCUGUCAAUAUAAUCUCAUCUCUUCAGCCUGUGUGGAUAGACUGGGACUCAAGGAGCAUGUCAGAUCUCACAAGCAUGAAGGAGAGAAACUUUCUCUACCCCGGCAUCUGAAAGUAGUGGGCCAGAUUGAGCACCUGGUGAUCACACUGGGUUCCCUCCGUCUGGACUGUCCAGCAGCUGUGAUUGAGGACAAUGAGAAAAACUUGUCCCUUGGUCUCCAGACUCUCCGAUCCCUUAAGUGCAUAAUAAAUUUGGAUAAGCACCGACUGAUCAUGGGGAAGACAGACAAGGAAGAAAUCCCUUUUGUGGAGACAGUUUCCUUGAAUGAAGACAACACUUCAGAAGCAUAACUACAGACUGCAGCAUGUCUGCACGUAUGCGUACAUACCAGGUUGACAGAUUGAGAAACCUGGGUUUGAACCAAAUGCUGUAGCAACUUGCUGUGGACCAAGUCCUUUCCUCUGAUAGAAGCUCCAGGGGCUCCUUCCCACCCAGACCUCUCUAGACUUUAGUCUGUGCUUAGAGAUCUUAUCUGGUUAUAGCCAUUGUUUUUUACUCCUCUGAUCACUUAAUUUAUAGACCUUUUGACACUGCCAGGUCUCACUUGUGGCCUACUUCUCUGCUUCUUCCAGGAAUUUGCUUUUAUUAGUCAGGUAUAGGGGCUGUCAGGUUCUAUUUCUCUAUAGAUACACUUGCUUCUUUUCCUAUAGCUAAAAUGUAUAAUAAACAGGAACCUGACCUUUAUCUCCUUUCAGCUGUUUCAAAGAGGUGCAGGAUACCUAGGUCUCAGAAUUAGAAUUUCUUCUAAUUCAUUCGUUGAUUUAUCAAGUACAAAUUUAUCUGAAAGGGCCAAGAGAGAUCAUCUAGUUAAACCCUUUUAUUUAAAGGUCCAGAGAGGCAAGUGAAUUGUCUAAGCUCUUAUACUAAGUCAGUGGCAGAGGAACCUAGAGACUCAGACUUGACAAGCCAAGACUAUGUUCAUUCUCCCAUUCUGCUACUUUUGUCUUCAGGCCUUGAGAGGAGAAUGAAGAGGUGGGGGGUUGUAAAAACGCAGGGUAGGGGAAGAAUCUGCUUUGGGGAUGGGUGCCAGGAGGAUCUGAGUAGCCCUCCCUCCUGUGUGCUAAGUCUACUAAAAGUCUCUGCACCCAGUUGUCACAUAUAGGGCCUUAUUUUGGUGCCCAAAAGCUGAGGGUACAAAGAUGAAUGAGAUGGUCUCUCACUAUGAACUUCUUAGAGGGGAGAAGGGGGAAAGGAGCCACAGACAGAAGAACAUUAAUCACUUUCUGAGAUGGAAUUGAAGGCUAUGUUAAAUAAUCAGGGGAUCACUAUUAGACAUUGAUACCUCCAAGAUCCAGUCAUUAUUUCUGCCCAGUCUAUUAUUUGUCUGCCAUGGACUCAAGUAGCUGGUAUCAUGAAUAGGGAAAGGAGAUGCAAAAAACCUGAAGAGGUCCAAAAUAGAAGGAAAUACUAGGUAGAAUAAGUUGGUGGAAACUCCUACCUAUGGAAACCUUUCUGGGGUGGUGGUCAGGAAUGAAACUUCCAGGCAGGAAACUGAGGGUUGGGAAGCUCUUCAGCUUUGCUCUAUUUUAAGGAAAGAGGCAGGGUAGGAGCUGGCAGUGUUAAGGACAACUUUUUCUGACUGCCCAAUGUCCCCUGCCUCUUCUCAAAACAUUGGAGGUCACAGGGGUAUCUUGAAGCUUUUUUGUUGGGGUGUCAGCUUAGGCACACAGAAUACCUAUAAUGGAAGCUCCCCUUCAAUUUGGUCAUAAAAGUACUUGGAGAAGUCAGAAAAAUACUCAGCUAUAUCUUUUUAAGAGAUUCCCAACUCUAUCCUUGCUUCAUGGAAGUAGUUUCCAGCGCAUUUAACAGAUCCCAUGUUGAACUUUGCCAGGUCCCACCUAUAAUCUCAUCUAGUGUUCAGCUACUGCCUCUACCAAACAACUUUUUGGAACUGUGAAUGUUUUUAGGCUUACAGAAGCUCCCUAAAGACUAGGAACUUGGUGACUCCCACUUGAACAGCUAGGCAGCCAUAGUACAGCCUAGGUCACCCCAAGGCUCCCCUUCUUAUCAGCCUCUAUAGCGGAAGCAAGAUGGAAAACUAAGCACAGCCACAGCAGAGGAGGCCAUGCCUGAACUUCAGCAGGGGUGAUCCCAGUUUACCAGCCUUCAGUGCCCCCUCCAAAUUUACCACAUUUUUUCCUGGGGUGAGGGAGACCUGUGCCUUUCCACUGAGGCCUCUCCACUCUCUUGCCCUACCUAUCAUGGCAUCACUUUGGCCUGCUCUUUACCCUAAGGCUGAGUUGAAAUACUUCACCCCUUCCUUCCCAGGUUGAAAAUUCCACUCCAAGCCUUGACUCUUGGCUACUCGACAGGCAUAUUGUAAGUUCCUUCACCUGGUUUAUCCUUAUUUGGAUUCCUGGUGGACCAAGUGAGGCCAGAAAUUCUUAGGUGUUAGAAAGAUGUGACUGAUUCUGACAAAUUGAGUUGAGGAUUAUGUGGUGUCAGAGGAAUGAUCAGAUUGCCUUUAGUGAUCUUUCUGGCCUCUGAAAAUUAAUGAUUUUCCAAUUUUGGAAAAGAAACAAUUGGGAUGAUCCGAGCUUAGGAUAUCAUAACCUCAUUCAGUGCAGUCAGAUCAUUUGAAUUCACUAACCAAAUAGUUGUGCUUUAAACCUCAGGCUUUAUAGAGGUACCUAAAAAUGUCUAAAGACAAUUAUGGGAAGUCUUGAACUUCAUUAAUCUUUAAAUGCUGCCAAGUUUAUUAUUCUGGUAGCCCAUAUCUCUCUGGUAUUCAUGAGGGAGCACCUAAUCUACUUUUGGGGAGCUGGCAAGGUAAAAAAGUAAAGUUAUUCUCCCCAGAAUUCCCUACAAAAUUCUCUCUGGCACCUCUGAUUCAGGAUGUGAGAAGAAAGUGUCUACCCAGGUCAGAGUUCUCAAGACAGGCAGUAGCAGGCAUUAACCCUGCAGAACUAGUACCCCCUCAUUCCUUAUUAGAUCUCCAUCUCAAGUACAAGAAGUUUGAAAAAUAUUGUUUUUGUUAUUUGGUAUAUCUAUGCCUGAGUUAUUUGAGGAACAAAUGUUUUCUGACUUUUCUAUUUCCUUGCCCUGCACAGACCCCAUCUGGUAAGAUUUUCUAUUCCUUAGCUCAAAGUGUCUGUAGAAUGGAAUGCUUAUUGUGUCAGCUGCCCUGACUCUUGUGUAAUAGAAGCAUCCUUCCAGGCUGGAGACAUGGAGGAGAUGAACUGGAUUCUUCCCUCCUUCUGUUGCCAAGCCUCUACAUUGGCACUUUACCUGCUCAGUGUUUAUGGCUGUGUUGGGUUUAUUUGUGAGAUUGAUGUAACAAUAAAGUGAAAUCUUCCCCUCUG